AUGGAUGCGCAGAAUGCUCCCGGGUCCGACAAGACGAAGCCUGCUGCUUCUCCCACCCGGGCUGGUGGCACCCAACCGGACGGCGAGCAGAUCAAAAAGACUAACAACAGCGACGGCACUGGCCUGAGUACGAACGAUGACGCCGCUGUAAAAACCAGCACCAGCACCAGCACCAGCACCAUCACCAACCCCCCCUCUAAGAGCACCGGAGUGCCCGUUCCCCCGGAACAUCCUCGACACUCCCGUCUCGAUAUCCAGUCUACUCCCGACUUAACAGCUCGUUCUACCACUCCCGCUGUUGAUAAUAAUGUGGAUUCAGCCAACGGUGACCGGGAUUCUGACGCCGAAACCAUCGUGUUGCCCGGCAAAGAUGGACACUCGCCCUCCAAAGUUAGGAAAGUGAAACAUGAAGACGGCAGCGACGGUGACGGUGAUGCACUUGAUUCUCGAAAACCACGUGAAUCGGCUUCCGCGAAAGAUGGAAAUCAUGCCGAGAAAAAAGCCACGAGUGGUGGCGACAAAUCGGACAAAUCGCGGUCGGAGCAUGGUCUGCAGGAGAAGAAACACCUCGAAAAGUUUGCUAAAGCCAACGAUGGAUCCAGCGGCCUGAGCUCUGCUCCAGCUUCGCCUCCAGACCACCGACGACCCCGCCGUCGUACGGUUCACGACGACUCGGACUCCGAUUCUGAUUCCAAACAACGUCACAUCCGCAAGCCUUCUGCCAAUAAGGCCCGUGCGAAAUCCACUGAUCAGGUUCUGUCGCCUCAAAAACGCAAGGCAUACCGAGCAGAGUCGGGAGGCGAGGCUGAGGAUCAGAAAUCUGCUCGGCGCCGGCACCUUGACGCCCGCGGUGACUGGAGUUCCCAACGAGAUCACAAGCCACCAACAUCCUCGAAGACACAUGCCGAUGCCAACAACCAAAGAUCUACAUCCCCCUCGAGCCGUGCACAUAGACGGAGCAAGAAGAGACGUCUUCCGCCCCCUUUGCCCACAGCCGACGCCAACCCUUCCCCGGCCAGGGCGCCUGCGUCCAAGAAGCACUACGAGGACUUGAACAUCGCGGACUAUGCCGGAAAUACCCCGCUUCAGAGUGCUGCGAUACAUGGUUAUGAGGACAUUGUCAAGCUACUCAUCGAUGCGGGAUGCAGCCUGGAUUGUGUCAACGAAAUCAAGGACACCCCGCUGCUGGACGCUGUCGACAACGGAGAGGAGCCGUUAGACCGUAUCCGGGCUGCCUUGAUCGAAGCAAAGCAGAGGCAUGCCGAGUUGAACGAUAAUCGAUCAUCCAAUGGGCCCGAGAGCCCCCGCCAUUCGCCAGGGGCUACCAGCCUCGGGCGCCGACCUACGGCGAGCCGAGCGACAAAGACUAGCAAUCACCACCUUUAUGAAACAGUUACCAGGGUGCUGCAGGUGAGAGACAACUGCGACGACCCCGCAGCCAUGGUCGCGGCCGCUCGAGGUGGCCAUGAAGUCGUUCUCCAGCUGCUGCUGGCACUUGGUGGCGCGAACCCGGACCCGCCACCUGUGCGUGGCAUGGCGCAGGAAGAAAACAUCAAUUACUACUACGAAAUCGCGAGACGCCGCCAGGGGACCAACUGGAAGGAGGAAGAACAACUCCUCAAGAACGCGUUCGAUGCGUAUAGGAAAGCGCAACGCGAAAACAAAACCAAGUCCCCCGGCAGGCGAGAGCGAGAGCCUGGCCGAACAACGGAAACCGAGGCGAAAAAGCUAUCUACAUCGGGCUGGGGUUCUGCUGACCACGAAGACCAAACAUCGUCCCCUAAACGUGCUGCCGGCGCAGCUUCACGCAAAUCGCGACUUUCAUCCGAAGGUGAGACGGUAAAGCCCCGUCGAAAGCUGCAACGGCGAGCUAGCAUAAUGUCGAGCGAACGAGCAAUCAAGAGGGAUGAGUCCAGAGACAAGCUCCCGGCCGUCACGCCACCGCAUUCGGGGAAGGAGCGGCGACCGAAGGCUUCCGACUUGGUGGAUGAACAACAACCGAAACCAGCUCGCGACGUGGCGUCGAAACCGAACCGAAAGCAACCACACCAGUCGGGCUCGAACCCCGGAGACAAGCCUAGCGUACAGGUGAAGUCGGAGGACAUGGACGUCGAGAUGCCGGAUAGGGAGCGACAGGAGGAAAAGAAGAAACGAAGAGAGGCCGAAGCCGAGGAAGCGCGACGAAACGAAGAUGCGCAGAGGGAGCGCGCGGCCGAGAAGAAGCGACGCGAAGAGCAAGAAUACAAACCUGAAGAGGAGGAGAGGAAGCGCAAGGCGGCGGAGGAUGAGAAGAGGGAGAGAGAACGAAAGCGGGAGAGGGAGAGGAAGCGGCGCGAAGAGGAGAAGAGACGGGCCGAAGAAGAGAAGAGGCGGGCCGAAGAGGAGAAGAGGCGAGUCGAGGAGGAGAAGAGGCGGCUUGAAGAGGAGGAAAGGGAACGUAGGCGAAAGGAAGAGGAGGACAAACUGCGGCGGCAGCGACAGCAGCAGCGCGAAGAAGAGGAACGCCUGCGCCAGGAACAACUGGAACGCGAGGCGGCCGAACAGGCUCGUCUCCGACGCGAGGAAGAAGAGCGCAAAGAACGCGAGCAUCGCGAACGUGUCAAGCGGGAAGAGGCCGAGCGCAAACGAGCUGCUCACGAAGAGGCGAUGCGGCGAGCGAGAGAAGAACAGGAACGACAGGAGCAGGUGGCCAAGCGGCCGGCGCUUCUGCGCUGGCUUGACAGCUGCCCGAAUCCCCAGGCGGUUGCGGAGAGAUUCAAGAGUUUACAUGGCGUCCGAUACGACACGAUCCGUCACGAGGCGAGGGGAACCCCUGAGGGUAGGGAGCAGUGGGUCUUGAACGUACAAGUGGCGCUGUUGCUUGGGAUCAAAGACUUGGAUUUGGCCAGAUACCCGGAAUGGGAGCGUAUCCCCGUGCCGAACAUUGCCAAAAAUGUCGUUUGGUGCCUGGUACAGGACGAAUACGCCCUGACCAGGUUGCCGCUCCGCGACCUCGGAGCCACCCUCCCGGAUUAUUAUGAUCCUGGCCCGGAUCCGUACAGCAUGUAUCCCCAUACAAUGGUAAAGCUUCGCAAUGCAACUCGAGAGCAGUUCCUUGGGAUGGACAUGUUCUUCGUCAAGCUCUCGGACUUGAUGCACGUUGUCCCCAACUUCCCACACCUGCGAGAUGUCACGGUGACUGUGCACUACAGAGAGUUGCCCGAAAGCGAAGCGGAUUGGCGUUUGUCAAAAUACCCGGGGAGGUGGAAGCAGGACCCGGAUGCGGGCCGGUAUUACGGCUUCGCGCCCCAAGCCACAUUCUGGGUCAACGGCGUCAAGGGGGGAGAGCGGUUACCCGGCUUCUCAGCCGUCAGCAGGGAACCGUUCCCGGAGAGGCGGGCGCCGCGAAGGGGCUUGGUACAAGUUUUCCCUGACGACCCGGACUACGCAAGGAUUUGCAAGGAGCAAGGACUCGAACAUCUCUUGGAGGAACAGAGAAGCGCUUCGCGGUUUAACGGCGCUCACCCGUCUCCCAUCAGCGCGACUAGCGGAAGGGAGCACGAGAACGUUCCCGACUCCUCGAAUACCGACCACGAUCGACCUUCUACGGCUUCUGUACCGGUAGUUGACUCGUCGAAGGAGUCCCAAACUCUUGUUAACGGUGUGCACGGGCUUCGAGUGGACGGUGCGGCAACAAACUAA